GGGCGGGGCCGCGGGCCUUCAACCACCUGGCGGGGACGACUCGGCCACCAGAAGGCAGAAGAGGCUCCCCGCCGGCCAUGCAGCGGCCUGUGCCGGUGCGGACGUGGGUGGAGGAGAACCGGGCCUGUUUCGUGCCCCCGGUCUGCAACAAGCUCAUGCACCAGAAACAGCUCAAAAUCAUGUUCGUCGGGGGUCCCAACAGCAGGAAGGACUACCACAUCGAGGAGGGUGAAGAGGUGUUUUACCAGCUGGAGGGGGACAUGGUUCUCCGUGUCCUGGAGCGAGGGAAACACCGGGAUGUAGUCAUUCGGCAAGGAGAGAUAUUCCUCCUGCCAGCCAGGGUGCCCCACUCCCCGCAAAGGUUUGCCAACACCAUGGGACUGGUGAUUGAGCGGAAGCGGCUGGAAACCGAGCUAGAUGGGCUCAGGUACUACGUGGGGGACACUGUGGAUGUCCUGUUUGAGAAGUGGUUCCACUGCAAGGACCUUGGCACGCAGUUGAUCCCCAUCAUCCAGGAGUUCUUCAACUCUGAGCAGUAUAGAACAGGAAAGCCCAUCCCUGACCAGUUGCCCAAGGAGCCACCAUUCCCUCUGAACCCACGAUCCAUCAUGGAGCCCAUGUCCCUGGAGGCCUGGCUGGAUGGCCACCGCAGGGAGCUGCAGAUGGGUACACCCCUCAGCCCGUUUGGGGACACCUAUGAGACCAAGGUGCUCGCCCACGGACAAGGCAGCAGCAAAGGCCUGAGACAGGAUGUGGAUGUGUGGCUGUGGCAGCUGGAGGGCUCCUCCGUGGUGACAAUGGAGGGACAGCAUCUGAGCCUGACCCCUGAUGACAGCCUCCUGGUGCCAGCUGGGACUUCGUAUGCCUGGGAGCGAGCACCAGGCUCUGUGGCCCUGUCUGUGACCCAGGACCCUGCCCACAAGAAGCCCCUGGAGUGACCCUCUUGCUGUGGGCCUGCGGCAGCCAUGGGCAUACCUGGGCACCACCUAGAGCACCCUGACUACCAGAUAACUCUCCUCAGCCCUGCCGCUUCUCUGUGCACAGCACAAGGUCCCCCUUGCCAGGCCCUGGACAUCACUGUCAUCCAUCCUUCUGCUAUUUUCAGCCCAGAUGCCGGCCUCCUGGGGACUGGUGGCUCUCUUCUCCUCUAACAGCCUCAGUCCACUGUGCCCGGUCCCACCAGGUGGUCUGCUCCCUGUGGCCCAGCAGCUGCUCCAGCCCUCUGUCCCCACAGGCUCAGUGCGGCACUUGCCUCCACUAAAAAGGGCCUCAAUAAAAGCUCCCUGAGAAUGAACCCCUGUGGGUCUGCUCGCACACAGACUGCCAUCGGUGGCCACCCCGGAUGUUCCCCUGUGACUGUGUGGUGUGUCUGGGGUGUUGGGCCCCAGGGUCUAUUGUUGAGUGUGGAUGGGCAUCGUCACUGUGUGUGACCCAAUCCACAUAUGCUCCUGUAUCUGG